CUUCUGACUGCGGAGGAGUUGCCGGCGCCGGCGCCGCCGCGGGAAAGCUUCAUGCGGCAGCGAGGCGAGCGGCUUUCGGUCAGGCAGGAGCGGCAACCUCCUUUUCUCGCUUUUCCACCAGCGGCAGCGGCGCCGGGGAUGGAGCUGGCUGCGGCGGGCUGCGAACCUUGGCCGAGGGGCGUCGGAGCAGCCCAGGCACGGGCGGGGAGCGUCCGGGCGUUGCUGCGUUGCUGCCGCUGCUGCCUCCGCCUUCGUUAAAGCAGCGCCUGGCCGAGGCUCCAUCGCUCCUCCUGUGCCGCUCGUGACGGCGAUGUGAACGGCGGCAGAUAGGAAGGAGGUGGAGGCGCUCCAAGUCCGCGGCGGAAUCAGAACCGCGGCCGGGGAGAGCGGGCGGCAUCGCCGAUAGCGACAGGAGCCGAUCGUGCUCGUGUGUGAGCGCGUCUGGAUUUGAUGCAACCGGGAGAGCGGAGAAACCACCGACGGUGUGGGGCAAGGUCACGCCCGGCCAGAUUUCACUUCCCGCCGCCGCCCCCGAAGCUUUCCAUGGGGCGGGCGACGCGGCUUGAGCGCUCGAACCGAGCCGGGCGCUUCGGGCCCGACCCCAACAUUGCUGACCGGCGCCUCUUACCUCUAGGAUGCGGCGGCGGCUGCUGCUAAGCGAAGCACUGGAGCAGGGACGUGGAAGGCGGCCGUGGGAGAAGGAGCUCCCCGGGCGGUCGGAUUCCCCGGGAGGUAGCAGUUUUUGGCCUUCGUGACUGGUUUCUGGCAAAAUACCUAUAGGAAUGAAUGGACUUGCUUUACAUCUGUGGCAUUCGCUUUAUGACCAGAGUUCACUUAAGAUUGUAAAAUCAGGAUCGUGACCCUGUUCUACAAUGGAAAAACUGCUUCUAUAUCUGUUCUUCAUUGGCUUAGUGCUGAAGGCUGAGACCUGUCCCAAGCGCUGCGUAUGCCAGAUCUGGUCUCCCAAUCUUGCUACACUUUGUGCAAAGAAAGGGCUAUUGUUUGUCCCUCCUGACAUUGAUAGGAAGACAGUAGAGUUGCGGCUGGCAGACAACUUUGUUACAAAUAUCAAGCGGAAAGAUUUCGCCAACAUGACCAGCCUGGUAGACCUGACACUGUCUAGGAAUACAAUUAGUUUCAUCACCCCUCAUGCAUUUGCUGACUUGCGCAACCUGAGGGCUUUACACUUGAACAGUAACCGAUUGACUAAAAUCACCCAUGACAUGCUAAGUGGGCUUUCCAAUCUGCAUCAUUUGAUAUUGAACAAUAACCAGCUGACAAUGAUCUCUUCCACUGCUUUUGACGAUGUCUUGGCUCUUGAGGAGUUGGAUUUGUCCUACAACAACCUGGAGACCAUCCCCUGGGAUGCUGUUGAGAAGAUGAUCAGCUUGCACACCCUCAGUUUGGACCACAAUAUGAUCAACAACAUUCCCAAGGGGACGUUCUCCCACCUCCACAAGAUGACCCGGCUGGACGUCACGUCCAACAAACUGCAUAAGCUGCCGCCUGACCCUCUCUUCCAGCGAGCUCAGGUUUUAGCCACCUCAGGAAUCAUCAGCCCAUCCACAUUUGCACUGAGCUUUGGAGGGAACCCUCUUCAUUGCAAUUGUGAACUUUUGUGGCUGAGACGCCUUUCCAGGGAGGAUGACCUGGAGACAUGUGCUUCACCUUCUGUUCUGUCUGGCCGCUAUUUCUGGUCGGUCCCCGAGGAGGAGUUCCUGUGUGAACCCCCCCUCAUUACUAGGCACACGCAUGAGCUCAGAGUGCUAGAGGGCCAAAGAGCCAUCCUGAGAUGUAAAGCCCGUGGUGACCCCGAGCCUGCUAUACAUUGGAUUUCUCCAGAAGGCAAGCUGAUUUCUAAUGCAACCCGGUCUCUGGUGUAUGACAACGGAACACUUGACAUUCAUAUCACGACCAUGAAGGAUACAGGCUCUUUCACCUGUAUUGCUUCCAACCCAGCAGGGGAAGACACCCAAUCUGUAGAUCUUCACAUAAUCAAACUGCCUCACAUAGUAAAUAGCACAAACCACAUCCAUGAGCCAGAUCCUGGCUCCUCGGAUAUAUCAACUUCGACCAAAUCUGGCUCAAAUGCAAGCAGUAGCAACGGGGAAACAAAAAUUAGCCAGGACAAGAAGGUGGUGGUAGCAGAAGCCACAUCAUCCACUGCCCUGCUUAAAUUUAAUUUCCAAAGGAAUAUACCCGGGAUACGUAUGUUCCAAAUUCAGUAUAAUGGAACAUAUGAUGAUUCGCUUGUUUACAGAAUGAUACCUCCCAUGAGCAAGACCUUCCUGGUCAACAACUUGGCUGCGGGGACGAUGUACGACUUGUGUGUCUUAGCAAUCUAUGACGAUGGCAUCACCUCCUUGACAGCUACUCGCGUGGUGGGGUGCACCCAGUUCACGACAGAGCAGGACUACGUGCGCUGCCAUUUCAUGCAGUCCCAGUUCCUGGGUGGGACCAUGAUCAUCAUAAUCGGAGGGAUUAUCGUGGCUUCUGUCCUGGUCUUCAUCAUCAUCCUCAUGAUUCGCUAUAAGGUGUGUAACAACGGCGGGCACCACAAGGUGACCAAGGUCAGCAACGUUUACUCCCAGACCAACGGGGCUCAGGCCCAGGGGUGCAGUGGAGCCGUCAUGCCCCAGUCUGGGUCCAAGCAGGCCGUGGGGCAUGAGGAGAGCCUGCAGUGCUGCAAAGUCAGCAACGACAGUGUGGCACAGUCGUCGGAAGCCUGCUGCAGCCAGGACUCCUCCACUGCUACCUCCUCUUUGCCUCCCAUGUGGACUCCUGGCCCUCCCACUUCCCAAAAGCUGAAGCGUAAGUCCAUGCCAAAGCCCAGCAGUGAUCCUCCACCGCCAAGCGAAGGUGCCGCUACCAGCCUAGAAUCCCAGAACACUAAUCGCAACAACUCAACUGCUCUGCAGUUGGCUAGCCAAACCCCAGACUAUGCCAAAGGGGGCUCCCAGUACAAAAGAGCACAAGCCAAGUCAAGUAAGUUCCUCACUUUGCCAGCUGACCCAUCCCGGGCAAAACGCAGGUACUCCCUGAAUGGAGAAUUAAUGGAAUACCAUUGUUAUAUUAACUCCUCAAAUGCAGGUGGAUUUUGGUCUAAGCGGAGCUUGUCUAUGAAUGGGAUGCUAAUGCAGACAGACUGUUCCAAUGUGGAUAGUGGCAAAGCAACUUUCUCAAGUUCUGAGUGGAUAUUGGAAAGCACUGUGUGAUCAGCUGUGAUGUGUGAUUUUCUUUUUUCUAAACUAAAAAAAGUAUGGAGUACCCCAUCCUCCAAACAUUAUUGGAAAACAUGUAUCCAUUCCAGCAGUUUGCAUUUUCCACCCUUAUUGUUUUUUGGGCAGAGUUGGGCUCAAACCACCAGGCCCUUCCACUUGUUCCCAUUUGGGUUUUCUUGGUUUUAGUAUAACAACCGAAGGCAAAUAUCUUGUUCAAAGAGCUCAUUUUUUAAAAAAAAAAGUGAUCAAGGAAAAAGCACGAAAUGACGCUAGUGCCUUCCUUUUUCCUUGGAUUGGCAUCUUGGUUCUCCAGUGGCAGAUCAAGAACAAAAGCGCAUGGGCAGAAAAGGCCUUGUAUGGAGGCCAUUUGUCUUUCCUCUACACCAACCAUUUAAUGGAUCAAUCAUGAUACAAAAAAGAAUAUUUUUAAAAGCAAUCUUGAGUGUCUUUUUCUUCCCUCUCUCCCCCCACCCUCCCCCCGUGGUAAUGGUGUUGCCUUCAUUUUUAGGCAAAUGCUGUAAAAUCUCAACAACUCUAUGUUGUUAUAUUGUGUAAAAUAAAAUAUUCCGUAACUACACUCAGUCAGUGUUACAAGAAGUUCCCCCCCCCACAUACACCUUGAAUUAUGGCUCAGGUGUUCUGGUGAGUGAUGUGCCUGCCCCGUCUGUCUGGCAUAUGGAAAGAAGGGGGAAUAGCUUGAUCUCCUGGGUUCAGGUAUGCUGGAUUUCACUCCUAUUGGUUUCUGUACUUUGCCAGCUGAGGUCCAGUUCCGAAUGAAACUCCUGGGUUCAGGAAUAUCAAAGUUUUACAGCUUGAGAAGUUGGUUGUGCAAAUCAAGAUGGUUCUCUGCCUGAAUGGAGGCUGGGAGAGCUUUUGAUCUCUAGCAGCUGUAGAGUGAGCAAAAGCUUCUUUCUAUCUUUAGCUUCUAAGUGAAAUGGUUGUCCGAAUUUCCUUUUGCUCAUUUCCUGUUGAUAGCUGAAAUGUAUUGCCAGGAUUGAGUCGGUGACAUGUAGAUUUGAUAAAGUUGAUCUCAUGUUGCUUUGAAAGGCAACGAAUCUAUGCUGCAGAGCCGAUGCUACUCAGCAUAACAAAAGGGACAGGAGAUUAGUCAGAACAGUUUCCCCAUACUACAGUGCUCUCAGGCUUUGUUGAGGCUCCAACCUGAGAGCCAACAGCCACCAUGGUUGGAAAUUUGGCUCCUGCAUUAUUUCAUCUUGAUUUUGGAGGGUCACGAAAACAUUCUCAACCCUUUGUUCUUUUGGCUGAAGUGGAAAAUAUGCAUAUUAAUGCGCGUGGCAAAGUUUACCAAAUUAUUCAGAGUUCCCAUUCAAGUUGUUGAGGUAUUACCAGGAAAUUUAAAAAGGUGCUUUUUGAUUCAUUUUUGUUUUGAUGCUAUGGUAUAAUCAUGGGAUUGAAACUUUUACGACCUCUUUUCAGUGCUUAAAUUAAUAAGGCAUGUUUUGAUUAUACUCAAAAGAGUUGCAAAUUUUGCAUUUCAUCAGACUUAAAAUUAAUAUAUUUUUUUUCAAUCAGUUGGAAGACAAAUUGAAACUGGGAGUGGGAGUGAUCUGAUUAGCAACCAGGCUUGUUUUCCCCCCAAACCCCAAAAGUGUUUCACAGAAGAAUAUUAAUAUUAUCUAACUCUCAUCCCACAUGAUCCACUGUUCAUACCCCAAAUCUUCUCAUACAUGACAUUUUUGUUGUAUAACUCAAUUUGUAAGUUUGUAGGAUACAAGUCAUGUGUCACUCGCUGAAUUUCUUGGUGCAGUCUUCAAAGACUGCUCUGAAAUGGUGCAGCCUCAUUUGCUUUUUGGCAGAAUUCAAGGAGAUCAGUCAAACUAACACAAGGAAGGCACUGGCUUAUAUUCUGUGGGGUCCAUUACUCAAGCAGUAAAAAUAUAAUCUGGCAUUAUCAUAUAAGACCAUUGAUUUAAGAGGUUUAUCAGCAAUGAGCCAUUCUGGGCAGUUCUCUCAAAUUAAGUAUGAAGGACGUAAGUAUGGUUUCCAGAACUUCUUGUAGUAGUAAAUGCCAUGCUUGAACUGCUGUGGAAAAUUGUUAUUUAGAUUAGACAGUGUAGUAAGGCUUGGCCUUGUUCUCCAUUAAUAGUCCUCCUGCUUACCUUAUAUGUUUGACUUAAUCAAUGGAUGUGUGAUGAAUGUUAAUAUGUUCUGCAAACUACGGACCAUAGUGAAUCAAUCCACCCAUUUUUCCAGGAUUGAUUUGGAGCUAAUAGAAUCAUUGGUCCAGUAAUAUUGCCUGAGCAUUAAUUGUCCUUUCUGUUGUCCAUGAUUGAGAUGAAUCUUUGAGAGGACCUUCUUUCUUUGGUCUUCCCUAAAUACAAUCUCCUGGGAUGGUUUGGUUUUCCUUCACACCUCUAUGGUCACACCGGGAUGGAAAAGGGGGCUGUAAAUAUGGUAUGCCAAUCCAAGUCAUAUUAUUUGUGAUAUAUAUUUAAAUAUAUAUUUUUCAAAUGACUCUUGGCUGACUGUUCAAGACUGCAUUGAUAGUGCAUGACAGUAGGUCAGUUGAUCGGGGAUUACUGAGUCAGUUGUGUUGUUCAAACAUAGCUGCUGUGAAGCAGUUGCUUAAAAGAGCAGAUUUCACUGGAGUGGAUAAGUUGUUAUUUUUAAAAUCUGUAUCAGUGCACCAUUAUUUAAAUAUUUGGAGAGGGAGUUUACUGGAAAAAUUCUAGAGUCAGAAAAAGACCCUUUCCAGUAUUUGAUUUUUUGAUUAAGUUGCCAAGCAAGUUGUCAUCUUUCAUUUCUGUCUUCUUUUUUCCAUUUUCCUUCUCACACUGAGGGCCAAUUUUAGGUGGCAAUAGGGCAAUUUCUGCCCCAAAUAUGGCAGCAUAUUUGACCUUGGCUGAUCUUGAAAAGCUAAGCAAAAUCAAACUAGUACUUAGAAAGAAGAUCACCAGAAAAUCCAAGAUGAACUAACAAGUUAGGGUAGAAAGCCAAAUAACCAACUAGCUGGCUUGGAAGAAGUCAGGGGCAAGAAGCCUGCAUGUCGACAAAGUCACCAGGAACAGUCAAAUUUGUGAAUACACGUAGAUUUCCAAUUGUGCCUCUUGAUUCUUUUCUCCCAAAACAUUUGUGUUUCAGCCUUAUUUCUGUACUUGAAAAUAUAUUUGGCAGACUUCAUUGGGUUGGCAGAUGUGCUAAUUCAAUCUCUACCCUCCCACCAAGGAUUUCUGGUCACAGUGCCAAUUCACUGCUGAGACAUUAGCCAGCUCUGUACAUUGUAUGACCUAUUUGCAUUUCAGUUGAUGCAGCAUUGAACAAGAGAAGUUGAGUUGAUUUCUUCUAUCGUUGAUAGUCUUCUGAAAUGAAACCUUGUGGGAGAUAGUCAGCUUUUGAGUUGGGUUAUCCAUAGAGUGACUAUAUUUAUAUGUCCUGAAUAGAUGGAGUAAAAAUAAUGUUGGGCAGCUGAAAGGAAAAGCUUAGCUAGAGAUCAGAGACAAUUAGAAAGGCUCCAGACUUGUGGGCAUUUUUUGCCCAACUUUUAAUUGAUCACAUGCUGGUUCUUUCUGCAUUGGCUACCUUCCUUGGAGCCCUGGUGGUGCAGUGGUUAUAAUGCAGUAUUGCAGGCAAAUUCUGCCCACAUGGCAUAUGAUCCUGACAAGGCUCAAGGAUGGCACUCAUUUUCAUUUUUUUUCCUUUGCACAAAGUCUUCUGAUCUGAAAUUUUGCAUAGUUGCUACACAACUUGUUUGAAUUGCAAAUUGUUAUCAAAUGCUGUUGUGCAAACAACGUGAUUGGACCAUUGCUUAUCCUGUUAUACAUAAUAUAUUUGGCCAAUGGCUUAAAGGUUCCAAGCUGCAAAAUGAAGGAACCUCAGAUGAUCUAUGAUGAAGGAUUACAUUGUUUUAUGAAGUUCCUUCUAUUUGGGAGCAAUUUGGGGCCUGAACUACAAGAACGUGUUGUGGGUAUAUUCAUAGAAUGGAUGUUAUGGAGGGUUUGUCCAAUUACAAAAUUCUUAUUUGUUAGAAGACAAGUUAUAGAAGGUGGCAGCACUUAGCCAACCUUGACUGGUCUUGAAAAAUCUAAGCAGAUAUUGAACUAGUUAUUAGUUUGAUGAGGACCACACAUGCAUAGCCCAGCCCUGUAAAUGAGAAUGAGUGGAGAAAAACAUUCUAGAAAACAAAGACAGUUCUGGCAUAUUCUUGCCAAGGAAAGACAUGACAUGAACAUGCUAUAAAGUCACCAGAAGUGGAAUGCAACUUGAGGGAGCUUUAUAUAAAAAAGUAAACUGCCCUGAAACCUAAGUAAAAGAAGUAAACUCUGAACCUACACAUGAUAUACUUUUGCCCACGGGGCACAAUGAAAUAUUCUAGUUCAUUGUUUCUCAACCUUGGCCAGUUAAGAUGUCUGGAUUCAACUCCCAGAAUUCCCCAUUCCUCAUGCUGCCUGCAGAAUUUUGGGAGUUGAAACUGAGACAUCUUCCAGAUUGGAAAAUACUGCUAUAGUUCAUAAAAAGAAUAUUCUUGAUGCAGGAAUUCUAGGAAAUAAACAUGAUACUGUAGGUUGACACUUUACCUCGCAAAAUGCCAACAUCUUUAUUUAUUUAAAGUGUUUAAAAGUCAUUUUAGAAUUCAGAUAAGUCCAGAAGCAUGACAGAGAAGCAUCUUGAAGAUUAGUUUUUUUAAAGAGAGAAAAAAGAAUGAGAGAAUAUGAGAAUAAGAAAGAAAUAUUUUUAAAACAAUAAGAAAGAAUGAUAAGGAAAAUGCCAACAAGUUUUCCAUAUUUGUAGCCUUCCCGGGACUCUUUCUGUGGUUAUAGUACCAAAUUCAGCUGUAUGAGUUAUUUUCCUCGCUAUUGCCAUUGAUUUCACAAUGGAAAUAGUAGUGCUUUAUAACUGAUAAAUAUUAAUAUUAAUUGCUGACCUUCCCCUGCUGGGAAAGAGAAUGUUUGGCCUUUCUCUUUGAUUCUGUUUUGGAUCCAAUUGAAUUUUUUUUAUACCUCAAAAUCUGUGCUGAUUUCUGGUAAUUGCCUUUAUAAGUCCUUGCAGUUUUCUUGGGAAGAUUUCUGAAGUGGUUUGCCAUUGCCUGCUUCCUAGGACUGAGAAUUAGUGACUAGCCCAAGUUCACUUGAUUAGCUUUGAUCCUAAGGUGGGACUAGGACUAGGACUCACAGUCUCCUGAUUUCUGGCCUGGUGCCUUAUCCAUUACACCAAACUGGUUCAAAUGGAUUAUUGUCUGAAUCAUAGUGGUAAAAAAUAAUAAUUAGAAUGACUGUGGCAAAAGAAAGGAAAGAUAAUACCGAUAGUAAUAGGCACCCUGGAUGCAAUUCUGAAACAUCUAAAGCAUCAACACCAUUGGCAUUGACAAAAAUCACCAUCAGUCAAUUGCAAAAGGCAGUUUCAACUGGAACAGCUUACAGCCUAAUACCUUUAAUACUAUUACUGUCUACUUUAGGUCCUUGGGAAGGACUUGAUAGGGGGGCAGAUAUUCCAAAUUCAGUCUAAACAUCUAGCCGACUGAGCAUUAACAACAACAAUGAUAAUACCACCAGAUCAUAGAUAACUGCUUGGGCUGGGGAUGAUGUGCGCUAUACACAUCUAGAGGAUGCCAGCUCAAAGCACCUAGUGUAGGUAGUGAUGUUGUCCCAUUUGGAUGUCUCUGUAGACAUUAUCCUGCCACAAAAUGGUUGGACUGAAAUAGUUGACUGGCACAUGUGUGGUGUCAUCUGACAGGCAUGAUUGCAGCUGAAGGUUUCAAACCUAAAUACAUUCGUUGGGGCCAAUUUUCUUAUAUACAUACAGACAUACAUACAUUCAUGUUGCAAAUUGUAUGCUAAGCAAUAAUAUCAGCAAAUACCCACAACUGGCCUAUUGAACUGAAAAAUCACACUUUUGUUGAUUUGUAAAUUAUUAUGAAAAGAAGAACAGGUUCCAAAAUUUAAUGCAGAAUCCCAAAAGAAGAGGGAGAAAAAUAAAACACUUCUGCAAGGUGAUAGAGAAUAACAUAAUCCUAAAUUUAUUUAGUUGAAAAUAAUCUCACAUUGUGUUGAGAUGGCAGUAUGAUUGCAGCUUGAAGACACUUGAUACAGCUGAAUAUUCCCCACAUUACAAGAAGGCUCUUUAAUAGGGCUCUUUAUUCUCUUUGGCUAUUUGCCUUCUCAUAUAGGGUGGAGGUGGUAUGGAGAUCAGACUGCAGAAAAGUAGGAACAUCCUAGAUGUUGAGUCAGUCUUGUCAAUCCAGAAUCCUGCUUGUACAGUUGACAAACAUUUACUAGUGGGAAGAUCAAAAGCAGAGCACAAAAAACUAGAGUCUACUCAUGUCUCCGGGGCCUUGUUUUUUUUUUUUUUAUUGAAAAUUUUUUAAAUUUUACAAAAACAA